UAAUUUGCAAAGGUAAACAGGUUUCUUCAUUAGACAUAUAAAUUGUGUUACUUAAUACAAAAAGCAAGUAUAUGGCAGCAGUUAGACAGCUGGCCCAAAAAGGCUUUAAUUUGGACAAAUUAUAUAGACUAUUUAAGACAUCAAGUUCUGUGCGCAAUAUGUCAACAAACACGAAGCCUUUACUGUAUUCCUACUGGCCAAGUUCGUGUUCCUGGAGAGUUCGCAUUGCACUUGCAGUAAAGAAAAUAGAGUACGAUAUUAAACCCACUUCUUUACUGAGUACAGUCAGCGAAAAUGCCUACACCGAAGAAUAUAGAGAAGUAAAUCCUAUGCAAAAGGUUCCCUCGUUGCAGAUUGAUGGGCAUACAUUAUGCGAUUCGGUGGCUAUAAUGCACUAUCUGGAGGAAACGCGUCCCCAACCUGCACUUCUACCUCAAGAUCCAGUAAAAAGAGCAAAGGUCCGCGAAAUUGUGGAGCUCAUUAGCUCGGGAAUUCAGCCACUGCAAAAUAGCUCCGUGUUAAAUUAUGUAGGCAAGGAGAAAAGCCUGGAGUGGGCACAGCAUUGGAUAUCUCGAGGAUUCAGAGGUUUGGAGAAGGUGCUGUCCCAAUCUGCGGGUAAAUUCUGUGUGGGAGAUGAGCUCACAAUGGCUGAUAUUUUCCUUGUGCCACAGGUUGGCAAUGCCAGAAGGUACAAAGCUGACUUAAGUCCAUAUCCCACCAUUGUUCGUUUGGACCAGGAUCUACAGAAACUGGAUGUAGUUAAAAACACCCAUCCCAAUAAACAGCCGGACUGUCCACCGAAAUUUGCCGAAAAAUAAUCAAACCGUAAAACAUUCAAAAGUGGAAUGUGUUCGUAUUGCAUUUAUAACUGAUAAUAAACGUGUAAUCAAUUGUAUA